GGAAAAAGAUGCUGCUGUCGCCGAGAAAGAGAGGCUUAUCGGUUACAUUGGCAUUGAAUAGAGGUGAUGGCUAAAGCUCUCUGUCGUCGUCGUCGCAUUAUCGUCGCGGAAAGAGGGAGAGAAUUCGGCGUCUCAAUUGAGGAAGCUAAUAUACCGAGGAGCGAUCGCUCGCUCAGUCUGACCUCUGUGCUGCAGCUGCCACCCACGCGUUGCCGGUUUUUCACGAACUAAGCGCACGAUCGCUUCGAUACAGCAGGAUGGCGCGUUUCGUCUGCAUCCAAGACUACGAGAAACAUGCACUGAACAAUCUCACUCCUUCCGUGAGGGACUACUACAGAAGCGGUGCCGGGGACGAGAACACCCUCAAGUGGAACAGAGAAGCCUUUAAAAAAAUCAGAAUACGUCCUCGAGUACUGCGAGAUGUGUCGAAAAGGGACAUCAGCACGACGGUUCUCGGGGAGAAGCUUUCCAUGCCGUUGGGCGUCUCGCCGACUGCUAUGCAGAGGAUGGCACAUCCCGACGGCGAGUGCGCCAAUGUCAAAGCCGCCCAAGCCGCGAAAACAGUCUUCAUACUCUCGACCAUUUCCACCAGCAGCAUCGAGGAGGUAGCAGAGGCUGCUCCAGAGGCUGUCAAAUGGUUUCAGCUUUACGUCUACUUCGACAGGAACGUCACCCUGAAUCUGAUACGCCGAGCUGAGAAAGCCGGUUUUAAAGCUCUGGUGCUUACGGUCGAUACACCCAUGUUUGGAGACCGGAGGCGCGACAUCAGAAACAAGUUUGCUCUGCCCAAACACUUGAGGUUUGCCAACUUCGACGGCUACUUGGCGCGAAAAAUCAAUUCUUCGAGCGAGGGCUCCGGUCUCAGCGAGUACGUCACGAAUCUCUUCGACGAUUCCUUGACUUGGAACGUUGUCACCUGGCUGAAAAGCGUCACCAAACUGCCGAUAGUACUGAAAGGUGUUCUCACGGCGGAGGACGCGGAACUCGGAGUCAAGUACGGGGCAAGUGCCAUCAUGGUGUCGAAUCACGGAGCUCGUCAGAUCGACGGUACACCUGCAUCGAUCGAAGCUCUACCCGAAAUUGUCAGAGCGGUCGGGAACAAGGUUGAGGUCUUCAUGGAUGGAGGAAUUACUCAGGGAACGGAUGUUUUUAAGGCUCUAGCGCUUGGCGCUAAGAUGGUAUUCUUUGGUAGACCUUUACUGUGGGGUCUGACCUGCGGCGGAGAACAAGGCGCCAGGUCUGUGCUCGAAAUGAUGAGGCGGGAAAUCGACCAGGCUUUCGCUCUCGCAGGCUGUAAGAGCGUCGAGCAAGUAACAAAAGAUAUGGUUGUUCACGAAUCCGUCUACAGUCGCUUGUGAGCGCACAUUUCCGCGCAUCAUUGUUACUUAUUUAUUUGUGAGAUGUGAUUUUCGUGCUGAGUUUUUCAUGUCUAUAAUAUAUUCGAGCUAUGAGAAAAGCAGCGUUUUAGUACAGUGAUUAAGUAUCCUAUAGAUUAUUGAGUAUAACGUAAGCUUAUAUGGACGAGUAUUGCGGUAGUUGUGGCAGAUUUAAAAAAAUAUAACAUGUCGAUGGUAUACACAAGUUUUGUAAUUUUUUUUUAUUUCCUUAAUUAUUCUUAGCAGUAAAAAUUCUUCGGAAAGAAUAUGAAUUAAAUUACAGUUCUUCUCUUUAAUUGUUGGCACGUUGCUGAAUACAAUUGUGUCCUUAAAAAUAAUAGUACUAUAAAUUUAAGUUUUCCCUUCCCUAAACUCUUAUACACCCCGUUAUUUUGAGCUCUCUUAUAUAGUUCUCUAGCCCCGAACACAUCUUUUCAAUUCGUCACUGUUCAAAGAAAUCAUAGAAUGAUUGUGCGGUACAUUAUCAAAGACAAGUACUACAUUUGCAGUAUCCUAACAAAUAAUGGAAUUAAUUAUAUAUAAUGCGGAAUAUUACACACAACCAGUCGUUUUCGUAAGGUUACACAAUACAUUGAGGAAGCAUAACUCCUAUAAAAUACUUAUCUCAAUAGCUUAUAUACAAUAAAUUGUAUAUAUUAACAAGACGUUUGCCUAGAAAAAAAAAAAUAAAAUAAUGAUCUCGCGAAUAUAUAUUUAUCAUAGUAAAACUGAAAUUGCAUUAAUUUCUUUUUUUAUCGAGUUCACAGAACUAUCACAGAGGUUCUUGCAUGCUCGCUAUACUUAUUGCAACAUGUUCUCUUUAAAAGUGUGUUUACAUCAAUAUAUUUAUAUAUUUACAAGAGCCACUUUGAAUAAUCAACUCAAUUACAAUGAUAUUUCAUGCAAAAAAGGCUCCUGGCAAACAUGAAGAUUUAGCCAUCUUUCAGAUAGCUUUUAUCUUACGUUACAAUAAUAAUUGUAUAUGUUUGAUAUGUACGUUAUUUUAAAAUCAUUCUGGUUUCAAGCUAUAUAUGCACUGGGUUCGAAAUCCUACACAGAUACACGUGCUGUUUCAUAUACUGUUCUGGCUGGUAAUAUCAAGUGGGCGAUAACUUUGAAUUAUUUCACAUUCUGUGCGUAUACUUUGAUAUGGCUUUAGUUGAGUAUAAGACGAAUAUAUCAGUGUAGAUUUUCAAUGAAUAUAUAAAAUUCAAGGAUUGCAUAAUAUCUAGAACUAAGGAGCAUUAAAAGUUGUUCAACGUAAUUUAUAAUAUAGUAGAAAAUUUUCCAUACACAAUGGCGUACAAAUACUAAAAUACUAAAAAAAAA